CUCCGGAAGUCGGAAGGAGUCGCUCUGUCCGUCCCGCUCGUUGGUGGCGCUGUUACAUAGCCCGUAGUCAGAGGCCUUUCGGCCCAGGGGCCGGCGCACGAAACCUGUUUGGAGGUUAUGGAUGAUAAACCCAAUCCUGAAGCCCUAAGUGACAGUUCAGAGCAUCUUUUCUCCUUUGGCGUUAUCGCAGAUGUUCAAUAUGCAGACUUAGAAGAUGGCUUUAAUUUCCAAGGAACCAGGCGGCGAUACUACAAACAUAGUCUUCUUCACUUACAGGGUGCCAUUGAAGACUGGAAUAAUGAAAACAGCAUGCCCUGUUGUGUCCUUCAGCUUGGAGAUAUCAUCGAUGGAUAUAAUGCACAGUAUAAUGCAUCCGAAAAGUCCCUAGAACUUGUUAUGGACAUGUUCAAGAGGCUUAAAGUUCCAGUUCAUCAUACAUGGGGAAACCAUGAAUUCUAUAACUUCAGUAGAGAGUAUUUAACACACUCUAAACUUAACACUAAGUUUCUAGAAGAUCAGAUUGUACAUCAUCCUGAGACCAUGCCUUCAGAGGAUUAUUACGCUUAUCAUUUUGUACCAUUCCCUAAAUUCCGGUUCAUUUUACUUGAUGCAUAUGACUUGAGUGUCUUGGGCGUGGAUCAGUCUUCUCCAAAAUACGAGCAGUGUAUGAAGAUAUUGAGGGAGCACAAUCCAAAUACGGAACUGAAUAGUCCUCAAGGACUUUCUGAGCCCCAGUUUGUCCAGUUUAAUGGAGGAUUCAGCCAAGAACAGCUAAACUGGUUGAAUGAAGUGCUAACAUUCUCUGACACAAACCAAGAAAAGGUGGUGAUUGUGAGCCAUCUUCCCAUUUACCCGGACGCCUCUGACAAUGUGUGCCUGGCCUGGAACUACAGAGAUGCCCUGGCAGUCAUUUGGUCUCAUGAGUGUGUGGUGUGUUUCUUUGCUGGUCACACCCAUGAUGGUGGCUACUCUGAGGAUCCUUUUGGUGUAUACCACGUCAACCUAGAAGGAGUUAUUGAAACAGCUCCAGACAGCCAAGCCUUUGGCACAGUUCAUGUCUAUCCUGACAAAAUGAUGUUGAAAGGGAGAGGCAGAGUUCCAGAUAGAAUUAUGAAUUACAAGAAAGAAAGAGCCUUCCAUUGUUAGUCUAAUUUAUUUUAACUUGAUAGAAAAUGAGCUUUGUGUUUGUCCCUCCUAAACAAAAAAAUAAAAAUCCUCUGUCUCA